CGAUCGCGUCCGACGCGCAUCGACGUUCCUUGCGCCGCUCUUCCUGCGUCCGCUAGAGCCCGAACCCGCUCAGACGCAUCUGCAUCUUCUCCCCAACACUAAAUUCCAUCUCUACAUACCUGAAUUAUGUCGUUUGCGUCCUUCCCGGCCCCUCCGUCAGACGACGUCCAGCUGGACACACAGCUCUACACUAUGAUCGAACUCGAGGGCAAUCGGUACCGUGCCUUCUUCGCCAAACUGUGCGGGGGUGAUAACUCCUUAAUCUCCCGUGACGCUGCGCUCGAGUUCUUUCGCAAGUCCAGUCUCAGUGAGGAGCAGGUGCAAGAGCUUUACACUCGUCUUAAGGAGCUGCAUUUGCUCCGGGACAACGCUCACAUGAACGAGACGGAGUUCGUCAUGGGGAUGCACUUCAUUGUGUGCAUGACUAAGCGUAACUUGGUCAAGAUCCCGCCCAAAUUUCCUGGCUACUUGUUCCCUUCACUGGACCUGACGCCUGAGAGGCAGCAGAGCUUCGACUUCCCGAGCCCCGAGGAGCACUCGUACACAUCCGAGGCGUCCAGUGGCACCCCUCUCGUGCCUCCCCCUUCAACAAGGUUAAUGGGGGCUAUGGGGCCGACUAUUUCUCAAAUUGCGACGUCGCCGAUGACCUCCGGAGCGCCAUUAGUGGACACCAAGUCACUGAGUGAGUUGGCGCAUUUGGAGAUACGUACGAAACAACACGAAGCGGAAGUCCUAUCAAGAGUGGAUCAGUCUGAAGCAAGAGCGCUGCAGAGUUUGCACGCUUGUGUGGAACGUAUUGCGGAUCAGGUGGACGGGUUGGGAUUCCCUGUUCCUAGUUCGGCGAGGUCACUGGAUGCGUUGGAUGAUUUGAGAAGCUUGCUGCAGAAGCACGUACAUGCAGCCAAGCAGGAGAUCCAAAGUAUGCAGAUUGAUGCACAGAUGAGGAGUGUGGCGUCGGAGGUGGCACAAGGUGAAAGCCGUGAAGACCCGCUGAAGGUCACUAGUAUUUUGACGCAAGAGCUGAUUGCAUUGCAGCAUCAGACUGCGCACCUUAUGGCGAAGAAGGCGGAUGUUGUCGGGCGUCUUGUGGCCGUGAAAUCGGGUGGGUCUGCCUCUGAAAGCAUUAUUCGGUCGAGUGGUUCGGGGUUUGCGGAGUCAAAGAAUCCUGCUUUUGCCCUGUCGAAAGGUGCGCUAACGGUGGGAGAGCUGGGCACAGUCUCAGCCUCUACGACACCUCCGAAGAACGUCAACCCGUCUUUGAUGCAAUCCCACAACAGUGCUUCUAGUGGUGCCUGGGGAACCUUUGGUGCUGCUACUUAGCAGGACCCUCCUCCCGGGAGAAGUUAAGGAGCUGGGAAAAAUAUAUUUUGUGGGAAUAUA